AUGAAGAGAUACCGUGGCAGCAAGGUGCAGAAAGUGAAAGAGGUGGUGGUUCUGCCACUGGAAUUGAUUACCCAAAUCCUGUUGAGGUUGCCGGUGAAGUCUCUUGUUCGAUUCAAAAGCGUGUGUAAGUCGUGGCUAACUCUGAUCUCUGAUCCUCACUUUACAAAAAUGCAUUUUGAACUAGCUGCAGCCCCCGCACAGAGACUAAUGCUGAUUUCUGGUAGGGCUUUGGCUCCUAAAGUCCUAUCGUUAGACAUGAAUGCAUCCCUAAACAACUAUUCUGCUUAUGUUGAAUUGAAAGUAUCCUGUGCAGCUUUUCCCUCUACUUUUGUUAGAAUCGGAGGUUCUUGUCGGGGAUUUUUACUUUUGGACUGUUUUCGCCAUCUAUGCCUGUGGAAUCCAUCCACAGGAAUCCACAAACAGGUUUCUUACUCACGCAUGGCGACCAAUGGGGAUAUCUUGUUUUCCAUGUUCCGGGGUUUUGGCUAUGACCCAUUAACAGAUGACUACUUGGUGGUUCAACUGUUGGACAGACUCGGUAAACCUGGAAACUUGGCGGAGGUAUUCUCUGUGAGAGCUAACAAGUGGAAAAAAGUUGAGGCUAUCGAUAUGAUGUUUAUGCCCACAGGCUCUAGGUUUAGUCAAAACAUGUGCGGCUUGCUGUUGAACAACUGUAUUCAUUGGUUGACCUACUGUAUCAAGCUACCGAUGAUUCUUUCUGUUAUUUUUGCUUAUGAUUUAACAGAAAGGAGGUUUUUGGAGAUACCUCUGCCAGUUGAUUUUGAUGAUAAUAAGUUGCACUCUCGUGUUUUGAGGGAACUUGCAGGGUUUCUCAAUCUAUGUGCUACUGUGGAGUGGAACUAUUCGCUAGAAAUAUGGGUGAUGAAAGAAUACAAAGUGCAAUCAUCUUGGACAAAGACUAUUGUUGUGUCUCUUGAUCAUUUACCUACUGGACUCUUCUUCCCAAUUUGCUCAACAAAAAAUGGUGAUAUUAUUGGAAAUGAUGGGGAGACUGGAUUGACCAAAUGUAGUAAGGAGGGGGAGCUGAAGGAGAAUCGUCCCCAUUGUAAUGUUUCAUUCAGACACCCUUUGGCUGUCUAUAAAGAGUCUCUACUUUCACUCCCUUGUCACACCCAGCAGGCUGUUGAAGAUAACUAA